CGUCAAUGUCAAGGUCAUUUUUCAAAAUCUAUUUUUCCUGAAGUUCAACAUUUUCUUCUCUUUUACUCCUUAUUCGGAAUUCAGGGUCCAUAAAGAACAGUAUGGAACCCCCUGAUUUACAAUAUGGCUGAAGGAAAACAGACUACAGUAGAAUGCAUUGACAUCAAAGAUGCCAGAACUGCCCUCUAUAAUAAAGAACUCUUGCAUCUGUCCACAGUUAAUGUGAGAGGAACUGUUGAUGUCCUGAGCACAGUUAUUAGGGUAAAGAGUGAUGACUGUUUCCUGAUCAAGUUGACUCAAGAAAGCAAGGGCUCACAAAUAUUUGUGCUUUUUAAGGAAAAGAAGCAUCUUAAGUGGCACAAUUUCUUAGAGCCGCUGUCCAGCUAUGUUUUCAUCAAUCUGAAGCCUACCACCUUGUAUAAGGGAAGUAGUUCUGAAAAGAAGGUAUAUGUACCAUGGAGCAAGUUUAAGAUACACAGGGAAAAUGACUGUCUCUCAACUAGCCUUGAUUUGCAGAGCUGGUGUGAGAAGCAUUGUGGUAUGCAGGAACAUGAUGGACAGUUAGACUUAGAUGUCCUUGCAUCUGAUACCCCAGACUCCUUUAGUGAAGAUAGUCAGAAGAUGUAUUCAUAUGAGGGCACAAUCAGCAGCUGUUCAUUAGAACAUCAUGGAAUCUAUGAUUUGGACAACAAAAUCAGGUUGUAUUCUUGGAUGAUUGAGCGUCCCUGUGGCAUGGCCCUAGGGGCAAAGAUUACUGUGUUUAAUUGCCAUCAUAGAGGAUCAUCAAAGGCUCCAAAGAUACAGCUUCACUGCUGCCUCCAGAGUUGUAUCAAAGUCCACAUUAGUAGUAGCAGUAGCUCUAGGAAGAGGCACAUAGAUGAUAGUAUAUCCAAACAGAAAGAUUCAUUAUGCAUCAAUCUUGCCUUGCAGUAUAACUUCACUUUCCCAGCAUUUCAAACUGCAGUUGAAAUAUUUGAAUCACUGAAGAAAAAGUUUCAUCCUAAAUAUAAAUGGAUCCGAAUUGAUGCAAUUCUACGAAAGGUUCUGAAGAUUACAUCAAUGGGAGAUUGUAUGAAUGAUGAGAACCCUCCUAUUAGGAACAGAAUCCUAGAGUUUAUACAACAUGACUGCAUCUUUCAGAAAACUAUGAACAUGAGUGAAACCUCUAAGCUUGCCUGCCUCUCAGAUAUAGUCACAUCAGAGCAUAUUAUAGACAGCAUGAGGUUGGUAGAGAAUGAUGGAACAUAUUGGAGUGCCCACAAGUCAGACUAUGGAAAACAACCUUGGCCACUCGUUGGGAUUUUAGCAGUUUCAACAAAAUCUGGUAGAAUCCAACUGGUUGAUCAAACAGGUUCCAUUGACUGCAUCAUCGCUCCUAAUGAUCCACCAAAAGACAGUGAUGACACACCACAUGAAUGUCAUAAAUCAUGUGACGUAUCCGUGAAGUGUCCAUAUUGCCAUAUCAAGUCCUUAGGUACAGUCAUCAUCGUUGAAGAAUAUAAUCUAGUCAGAGAAACAUUUCAACACAAAUCCCCUGGACACCAAGAUCCGGCAAUGCAGCAAGAUCUCUCUUACAAACAUGUACAGUUCUCUAUGAAAAACGUUACUCCUUUACUUUCAUUUAAAAAUGAUGAGAUGGAAGCUCCAUUGUUCAAUAAAAAAUCCAAAUCAGACUUUGCUGCUGAAUCUAGUGGUAGAGAAGCCCUCCAGAAGAGGGGUGACAGUAGAACUGAAUUGGUGUCUCAGAUAUUUUGCCUCGUUUCGAAAGAUUAUUUGACUUUAAAAACCAGAGGCAGUCCCUCACCUCAGUUAUCUUUUUACAUUAAUGUUAUACUUGUUGGUCAGCCUAUUACAUCCACUGGAGACCAUGAUCCUCAUUUACAAGUAGAAGAGGAAACAUUUGAAGGACAAGCAGGAGUCAAACAUGACAACAGUGGAAAAUCUGGACUUAAAUCACACAUAAAUAAAGAACAGUUGCACGUCAAAGGGCUACACCAGUCUCAAUAUGGAGUGCAUAGAGGUCAAGGCCAAUCACAACUCAAAGGUCAGACUAAGACAACAGUUCAGCACAAUACCAGAGUGAUGUCUAUACUACUGUCAGGGGACUAUGUGCAAUGGUACCAUUUGUUACAACAUGGGUGUUUCUAUAAGCUGGUGAUGCAGCGUCGCACACAUCAGCAAUACUUCAAAGAACCAGUAUCAGAUCCAUCACUGAGAACUGCAAUGAGAGCCUGUAAAACAAAACCCUGUGUUACACUGCCCCCUGGGGUCACCCUUGGAUGUGUCUCUACAUGCCCUUGUUGGACCACAAUCGUAGGAUGCAAUUCUGCAGAAGACACUUGUCCAGAGGACUGUUUGGUACAGCAGUCUUUACACGGAUGUGACAACAAAGAUGUAGACCCCCAAGUUGUAGCACUUUACAAAAAUAGUCAAUGUAUUCACACUGUCAAGGAUAUCAACACUGGAAAGUCAAAAGACAUUUUGAAUUUUGAGGGGAUUGUAUUGUCAAGAAGUUUUGUGGAUGCCAAUAACACUUACAACCUGUCAAAACAGAAUAUUACAUUGAAUAAUCAACUUAAUGUCUCUGUUCCUGGUAACAAGUGCCUCCGUCUGCUUAUCAAGGACCUCAUAUCCUCUGAGGAAAUAAUGAUAUAUGCCAAACUGGAAAAUGGGUCAUAUCCACUUGGACUCUUGAGGGGAGCAAGGGUUCAGUUCUUCAACAUAGAAAGAAGGGUAUCAAAGAGCGGAAGAGCCUAUUGCAAUUUUAUUGUGACAUCAUCAUUCAAGAUAAUAUGCACUUCUCCCACAGAAGUUGUGCCCAUACUGCAGCAAACUGAUUGGUCAAAUGCACCAUAUAAGAAACUGAACCAACUGUUGGAUCCCUCUGAAAGCUACAAGGUGUUUCAAAAUAUUUGUAAUGUUCAGCAAGUGUUGAAGAUCCACCUGAGGACUGCCUGUAAUAAAUGUGCAAAUGUUCACAAGAAUGGAAGAUGUACAUAUGCGCCAUGUUAUUCAGGAGAACAGCCAAAGUUCAAGGGAAGAGCAAGUGUUAUAGUGGAGGAUGGUACCAACACAGUUAUACUAUAUGUGAAUGAUGACCUGAUACGCAACCUGCUUGGACUCAAGGAACAAUUAUGGAUUGAACUGAAACAACAUAUUAUGGACAAGGGAGAAUAUGUGUAUGACAGAGAAGAAGAAUUUACAAGAUCUGCUCUUGGACGACUUUGUAACAGUCCUCUUGUUAAAAGGAAACUUGUCUUUAUGUGUAAACCUUACUCUGGUUUCCAUGGUGACAUGAGUGAUAAACAGAAAUGUGGGGGUAUUCACAACAAAGAAAUAACUGAAUUCAACAAGAAAAUUACUGAAGGAAUCGAGACUAGAAAUCUUCCAUUGAUACACCUUUAUUGCCAAGACAUCAAGGAGGUGGAUUUUCAUUCAUGGGGACAAAAUCUGCUGGAAGUAUAAAAGUUGUAAGGUACAUGUAUUCCACAUUUACCAUUUACUGAUGCUUUUAAGUGAACUUUUGAAGUGAAGACCAAGAACUGUGAUAUAACAAUAUAACUGUGAUAACAUCUAGUCUGCCCAGAUAUGAUAAGUCCAUAGAGGUGAAGUGUUAGUUCUAUAAGGGCUGUUUUAUGAACUGACCUUAUAAGUCAGUUCAGAUGAAUGUUGAUUUAACAGACCUG